AUGACCACCGAUAUGAACCGCUGGAAAGGCAAAGUGGCGUUCGUGACCGGCGCCAACGGAGGUAUAGGCAUGGAGAUCACUAAGAGACUUUUGGACUUGGACCUUGCAGUCGUGGCCAUUGACAAGCAGACCGAACUUUUGUUGGAACUGAAAGAUGAAUUAAAAACGGCAAACCUCUACCCGUUAAACGUGGACUUGUGUCACGAGGAAGAGAUCAUACGAGCGUUCCAAUGGGUCGAAGAAACGUUCGGCGGCGUCGACGUGCUCAUAAACAACGCUGGCGUCGGCGGACGGUCUACACUCAUAGAUGGUACCGUAUCAGAAUGGAAAAAAAUAUUGGAUGUAAACGUUAUAGCGUUAAGUGUUUGUUCACGGGAGGCAGUGAGAUCCAUGAAUAGUCGCAACUUGAAAGACGCUCACAUUAUUCAUUUGAGCAGUAAUCUGGCGCAUUAUGUUCCUUCAUAUGGUCCAUUCCAUUUCUAUUCCGCGACUAAACAUGCUGUACGAGCACUCACAGAAGGGCUGCGGCAAGAAUUAAGGGCAUUGAAAAGCCCCAUCAAGGUCACGUGUGUCAGUCCUGGUCUUGUGAAAUCAUCAAUUUUCAAAAAUUCACUGGGAGAAAACUUUGAUAAACAUUUAUAUGAAACGUACCCCAGUAUUUCUCCAGCAGAUGUAGCAUCUACCAUCGAAUUUGUAUUGGCCACUCCUCCACACGUACAAGUGCAAGAUAUAAUCAUUAAACCUAUAGGUUCAGAGGCCUGA